AUGUCACUGAACGGGACCAGUUACCUUGAUGCAAGCGCACAGGACCCUAGCAUAAUGCUUCCGAGUCCAUUAACUUCGACGCCGUUCUCCGUCAAAGAUAUUUUGAAGCUGGAGCAGCAACAGCGUCAAUCUCAACAGCAACAGCAACAGCAGCAGCAGCAGCAGCAGCAGUCCAGGCACCUCGAGCACCAGUCCCGCGCGCAGCAUUUGCACGCGGAGUCGUCCGGGCAUUUUCAGGGGCCCCCUUCUUGCAUGCUGGCUGCAGGAGAUAGUCCUCGCUUCUCGGACGGAGACGAAAAUAUGGCUUACCUAAGUGCCUUGGCAGUCCGGGACGGCCCCAGCGAGGCCACCCUCACUCCGGAUAUGUAUGUCCACACGACACUGGGAUCAUUGGGGGACUCGAAAUUGGACGGUGAACUAGAGGAGCCAGACAACAAGAGCUGCGGAGUUGUUUCCAAACCACUGGGGGGUGAAGAUGGCGGGCAGGGAGAGUCAGAACGGCCGCAGAAACAGAGGACCAGAAGAAAACCCAGGGUUCUGUUCUCUCAAGCCCAAGUCUUUGAACUUGAGAGACGCUUCAAACAGCAGAGGUACCUUUCAGCUCCAGAGAGGGAACACCUCGCCUGUACCCUAAAACUGACCUCCACACAAGUCAAAAUAUGGUUCCAAAACAGGCGGUACAAGUGUAAGCGACAACGCCAGGACAAGACUCUGGAAAUGGCUGGGCAUCACCACCCGCCUCCUCCACGGCGAGUGGCGGUACCAGUUUUGGUCCGAGACGGUAAACCUUGCCUUGGUGGAUCACAGAGCUACAAUACACCAUACUGUGGGUCGAACCCAUAUAGCUUCAAUGGAUAUCCGGCAUACACAUACAGCAAUGCGGCAUAUAACAGUAGCUACAGCUGCACAUAUUCCAGUAUGCCCACUCUCCCUCCUACUACCACGGCCAAUGCGUUUAUGAACAUGAACUUGGGGAACAUUGGGGGUCUGGGCGGUUCUGCCCAGCCCCAAACGCACCAGGGAACGACUGUCACACCUUGCCAAGGCUCACUACAGGGUAUCAGGGCUUGGUAG